AUGUCUACAUCCUGUGGGAGAGAUGAUGAGAUGACAAUAUCUUGGAUCUCGUCAUAUCGACAUCCUGUGUUACGUGAAGACUUAGACGUUGGUGACUUGGUUCAGCUAAAUAGUUCGAUAUCACCGCACGAUGUAGGGGCACUGUUGAAAGAAUACUUCCGUGAUCUGCCGGAACCCUUGCUAACCAGAGAACUCUACACGGCAUUCGUGGGAACAGCAAAACUUUCUAACUCCAUUGAGCAGCAGAAAGAAGCACUUCGAUUACUGGUGUACCUCUUACCCAUUGCACACCGUGACACACUGAGGGCGCUCUUGUCUUUCCUCCGCAUCGUCGCCUUGCAUUCCGCCGACGUCAUAGAUGCGGACGGUCACGAGCAACUUGGGAAUAAGAUGGACUCUAUCAAUCUUGCCACACUGUUCGGUCCAAAUAUUCUCAGACGGACCAAAUCAGGGGAGCUGAAGGGCGACGCCGCCGACCACAUGGAAGAGAAUCGUGACGUCAUCCAUGUUGUACAUCGGCUCAUCGACCAUCAUGACGAGAUGUUCAUGGUAUCGGGUGAAAUGCACGAUGAGGUUCUCCGAAGACUUCAAGAUAUGGACGCAGAAGCCCUCGAUUAUCUCCUCAAUAAGAAGUUUCAGGGAUUAAGUUCGGAGGAAAGUGAAGAGGCUCAGUCGUCUGAACCGAUGGAAGCCAAGGGAGCUGAUGAGGAUGGCGAGUUCCACAUGUCUCAUUCUGAAAACAUUCUCGAACUUCACGAAUGCAACAACAUGGGUACAGACAUGUUCGAGUCCUCAGACGACAUUUGUUUAGAGACACGCAAAGGAAAUCCUCGAGCCCACGAAUGGCUUCUCCGUGGUUCCGUCAAAGUGAGCGCGGAAGUAGCUCGUCAGAAGGCUAGCUCGUUACCGCGCGCAGGGUCGGCCAGCGCAAGGACUACUACCAGUGCGCGUAGAAACAAUAUGCUGGCUGAUUGUGAUGAAGUGACGAUGUUGGAUGCGUAUACAUUAUCGGAGCAUCCCGAGGAGGAGCAAAGCGAGGGCGAUGAUAGCAAAAAUGAUUCGGUGGAGUCGUCGCAGGAACAACAACCAACCGGUGGAAUUGAAUUUAGUGCCCCGCCCCGGACAUCACCCUCAACCCACCGCCCACCACCUCGCCUUGUUAUCCCGCAGCAUAAGGGUCUGUCCAACAGUCGAAGCCCUUCGCCAAAAACGUUCCGCGUCACGUCGACGAGCCCACGUCAGCGUUCUGUGUCACAACCGCCCGAGUACGGCAGUGUUAAGCCCGGUAGCUCGAAAAAAGAUAGUGAUAUUUGGAUUCCUGUGUUUGAAACGCAGCCCACGGGCCUGUACUCACCCCAGAUGCCCAGGCGGUCGUAUCUAGAGCGGUCGCAGUGGUUUGACAAUUCCGAGGUUAACAACAAUUCCGUUGGCAAUCGGGAACCCCCUUCGGAACCGAAGCCCCGGUCAUCAUCGCCUUCAGAAGAAGUCGGUUUAAAGACAAUCCACACCACUGUUACACCUACUCACAUCGAGUGGUCGGUGAGUGAUGUAAGUAAGGUGCGAAGCAACAGCGAGUUAAGUUCGCCACCUAGCUCAGCUUGGUUCACACCUCCAAGCACUCCGGAUACCCCUAGAAGCACGGAUGCCGCAGAGGUCAGAGGUACCCCUCCUAAGGACACGAUGGUCGGGAACCCGGGCAGGACGGCACUUGCAAUGACGCGCACGUCCUGGGAUGCCUCCGCCGACGAUGAGGAGUGGGUCAAACGGUGGGAGUUUCUGACCUCUGACGAAGAUGGUGAAUUCUGGGGCCAGGAAACAUUGGUGUAGAGACCCCCUUGUCGGGAACCUAUUCUGGUAUCAGAUUGUCCUUUUCACAAGGAAUCGAGAAUGAAAGCCGAGUGUGCAGCUUGGCAUCGACACGUUUGAAAUCGAAGUGAAAAUGAUCAUUGCCAGGAAGUGAAUAUGCCUUCGAAAAUCUUGCAACCUUCAACAUAUACAACAAUUCCCCCUAUACCUCUAUCAUAAUUCCUCGCCUUUGAAUUACAAUCAAAUCUAGCAACGCCCUGCCCUCUAACGCCAAAUGGAAAUUGUCAUCGGUGUUUUUCUCCUUUUCUUGAAGAGUUAAUCAAAACUGAUCUACCAGGUGUAGAUGAUUGUAUCACGCUUGAACUCGUAAGUAACGUUAGACCUGAGCUCAUGAACAAGAAAUAAUGGUGGGUAGACUAUCCGCUGUCGAAUAAGAAAGUUCUCCGGUCUCUUGAUGAUAAGAUGGAGGUUAGCGAAGCAAGUGGAAAAGCUUACAAACUGUCUAUGAAAAUCUACGAUUUACGAUUUUUAAUUUGUAUCUCUACUUUUAAUUCUGUGAAGUCACGAUUAACGGGUAAAUGUCUGUUUUAUAACAGUGAAUUUGCUUGAGGAUAGAGAACACAAUUAAGCGAAGUUCGCACUUGCGAUCUUGCGUGUUUGGUCGUUGCACGUAUUCGCGAAUCGCACGAUUAUUUGUUGGAAUGAAGAGUUGCACUGCGAUGAUUUGUGAGCAAUAUGAGGUUAUUAACUAAAGGAAACGCUCAUGACCCAGUCUUCAUCUUAGGAAAAUGAAGUACGUUCUUGGAGGUUACUGCAGCAUUUGGUUUAAGAAGGUGAUUUGACCGGAAGAUAGGCGAUGCUUGAACUUUGUUUUUCAUGUGAUAUCGAUAUUGAUGGUCUGAAUCGGAUCUGCAGGUCGGCCAUUGCUCUCCGUUUUUGGAAGGUGAAGAUACAGGCCUUUGGGCAAACUUUGAAUUCCUGAAACGAACACGGAGCUCGGCCAACUGAUCCGCCAUCUUUUCUUUUCUACCACAUACCAAACUGAAGCUCGAAUGCACUUCGUUUCACAUCGUUGACGUUCAUCAUGCUCAUGGAAUCGAACAUUCUUCUUUUAAAGACAAGCUUCUAAUGUUUAUGAUCAUCUAAUUGAUAAUAUUGAUCAUUUUCAUAUUACAAUACCACCAUGUAAUAUUGUAGUUGUUUAGAAUGAAUCUUAGGGUAUAGCAAUUAAUUAUUGCACAGAUCGAGUAGAUUGUACAGAUUAGAAUGAUAACAAAGGUCACAUUUUGUUAUUAUUAUAUUUCCUUGUAUUAUGAACUACCAGUGGGACAGAACUGAACGAAUGACCUACUAAGGAUCAUGACGAAUUUCUUGACACCCUUUAAAGAAGGCGCCCCCCCCCCAAAAAAAAAAAAAAAAAAAACCAAGUAACUAUCAGAAGCAGUUGAAUAAUACUUGUCCGAGUAGCUUAUACUCGGGUAAACCACAUGCGAUGGUGACAGCUAUCACAGUGGACAGCAUACACUGAAGAACUUCAUUUCAAGAACAUUGUUGGAAUACAUAUGUUUUAGGGAGACGGAUACUUCCUGAUAGUAACCCUAUCUCUGAUGCUGACUAUUCUGUUGCGACAAGUAAGUUUUAGGGACAUGGAAACACGCUUAUGUGACAACGAGGUAUUCAGGAAAAUAAUUUGAAUAGAUGCCUGCCAUAGUAAAAUGAUUAUGACUAUGACAUGGUGUGUUCAAAAUAAUAUAGGACAGUGAUUUAGGGUUAUGUUAUGGGUUGAUCGGCACUCUGCCUUGAGAUCUGUCUAAUCAAUGAUCAACAAAUUCCUUUAAAUUUAUUCACCAAAACAUCGUUUAUUCCCAAAUCCAAUUUGAUCCCAAACUGAAGAUAAGAGGUGUGGUUUCCUUUCUAAUAUGUGCCAUUUAAGUCAUAAUAAGACUCUUGGUUGUAGAUUAAUCAAUGAUUAUAUGAAAGUAGCAUUUGCUGCCUUAAAUCAUGAGAUAUUUUACCAGUUCCAAUGAAGAGGAUCGUAAACUCAAUAAUGAAGGCGUCGGGUCAACUCUCUUACUCAGUCUCUACAAUUGGUCCAGAUCUUGUCAACAGAUGGCGGUAUUUUACGAAGAAAUGUUUUUUUAAGAACAAACGGUGUUUUACGACUCAACUCAGUACUUGCGUGUAAUAUUUUUUUUACUACGUAUAUAUUUUGUGACUUAUAAUCAACAUGUGUGUGACUUUCCCGGCAUAUUGUCGAUACUAUGACGUUCAUACGAGGAUGCAUAGAAACGUUGUGGACGGAGUGUAUGAUAUUUGAAGGAAAAAAUGAGAGUGCUGAAAAUAAAUCUUAAAAUAAAAGAUGAAUAGCUGUGGCAAAAGGUAUGGGAUGACUGUGGAAGAGAUGACUCUUCCAAUAUUAUUUUAUGCAGAACGAUUUCAUAGACAUGUGGUUGCAUAAAGACUGGUUAGCACUGCCAAUAGCUAUUACUAAUGUAUUUGAGAAAAGAUUUUUAAACUUGAUUGUUCAGGUGCGAGUGAAAAGUCGUUUUCCGGUGACGAUUGGACGAAACAAUACCUACAGUGUACAUUUUGAACUGAGUUUUGCAUUCUCUAAUUUUUAAGAAAUUUAUGAAAUCAACAUUUGUAGUCUAUAAGAAGUGUAAAAUAGUAGUUCUGUCAGCAUUACUAACGUAUGUAUGAUAUUAUGGAACGCCGUGCGUGGAUUAUUUUCAUAAAAGCAUUACUAUGAGCCGUGUUGAUCACGUGAUAAAUAUAUGGUUUAUGUUUUGUUCGAAGAAAACUAGCCAUUUCAUUUUUCUUCUUUCUUUCAACAUUUCCUUAGAUAGUAAAUCAAAAGAGGUAUAUCACGCUCCAGCUAUCGUGUAUAAAGUAGUCCUAUUAGAUAUAUAUAUAUUUAUAGCACUAGAAAGUGUCUAUGUGCCCCUCCUACUGCAUUCCUUUGUAAAGUUCAAUUCAGACAGUAUAUAUUACGAUGUUAUCCCUUACCACAUGACCCAUCAAAAUAUUAUAUAGGCUUCUUACAAAAUUUUGAAAUCUAAAACUUUAAAACUCUCCGCUUUUAUCAAUUAGUUUAAGAUUAUUAUAAAACAUGUUCUUCGACUUGAAUCCAUUGAGAUGCUGCUAACUGUAUUUAUUGUCUAUCUAUUUGUUUCUUUUCUCUAUUUUUGUGCAGUCUCUUGACUUGUCAUAUCUUAGUCUGUCGAUGCGUUGUCAUUUCCAUUUUGUAUUUCGCAGUUCUGUUUGCAUUCAUGGUGUGAAUGUGGUUUUGGCGAACAGCUAUGUUUUAUAUUGUUAGAUGAAUAAUGAUUUUUUUGGUUAAUUAGUGUUCAAUUCAUACCCACUUCAGUGAUGAUACUGCUCCGUAAGCUGGUCCAGCCUCAAAUGAUACGCCACCGUUACACCUCUAUAAUCAGACUGCCCCGGGCAUCUGCAUGGGUAGUGCAUGGGCAGAGUGUCCCGUCUUUUGUAUGAGCUGUAUGGGAAUCGAACCCAGCAUUAAAACAGGAGCUCCGCCACUGGGCUACAUGCCCGAUGAGGUUUUCAUUAAAAAGCCAAAGAUUUGAACACUGGAAAUGGGCGUUACCCCCC